UUCGCGCAUCAACCGGAAGCAGUACUAUGGUAAUUACCCACAACCGCCUGCUUCAGUCGAGAAGUUUCUCGUUUGUUUAUUGACUGAACUCAGGUGUUAUUUCGCUUUUUUUUUUUUGAGUGUUUUUAUUUCUUUUCUAAAUAUCUUGUAAAAGAGCUGCAAUGGCGCAGUAUAAAGGAGCGGCAAGUGAAGCGGGGAGAGCGAUGCAGCUCAUGAAGAAGAGAGAAAGAGAGCGAGAACAGCUCGAGCAGCUCAAACAGAAGAUAGCAGAGGACAAUAUGGUGAAGUCCAACAUUGAUAAAAAGUUCUCAGCUCAUUAUGAUGCUGUGGAGCAAGAGCUCAAGUCCAGCACUGUUGGUCUGGUGACACUGAAUGACAUGAAAGCGAAGCAGGAAGCUCUGGUCAAAGAACGAGAGAAACAGCUUGCCAAGAAGGAGCAGUCAAAAGAGCUACAGCUGAAGCUUGAGAAACAGAAGGAGAAGAAAAGAAAGGAAGAGCAGAAAAGGAAGAUUGCCAGUUUAUCCUUCAAUCCAGAUGAAGGAGCGGAAGAAGAGGAGGAAGAGGAAACUGAGGAGGAGAUUUGCAUACCUGCAAAGAAGAAAAAACUAGGGAAGAACCCAGAUGUGGACACCAGUUUCCUGCCAGACAGGGACAGAGAGGAAGAAGAAAAUCGUUUAAGAGAGGAACUCAGGCAGGAGUGGGAAAGAAAACAAGAGAAGAUCAAAAGUGAAGAAAUUGAAAUCACUUUCAGCUACUGGGAUGGCUCAGGGCAUCGAAAAACUGUCAAGAUGAAGAAAGGCAGCACAAUUCAACAGUUUCUUCAAAGAGCCCUGGAAGUUUUGAGAAAAGACUUCAGUGAGCUGAGGUCAGCAGGAGUGGAGCAUCUAAUGUACAUUAAAGAGGAUUUGAUAAUCCCACAUCAUCACAGUUUCUAUGAUUUCAUUGUGACUAAAGCAAGAGGCAAAAGUGGGCCCCUUUUCAGUUUUGAUGUGCAUGAUGAUAUUCGGCUGGUGAACGAUGCCACAGUUGAGAAGGAUGAGUCUCAUGCGGGAAAAGUGGUGCUGAGGAGCUGGUAUGAAAAAAACAAACACAUCUUCCCUGCCAGCCGCUGGGAGCCUUACGAUCCUGAAAAAAAAUGGGACAAAUACACUAUUCGGUGAGAUGUCAAAUCUACAAGAUUUGCAGAGUUCCUGAACCAUCUUGCUGUGGUGUUGGUUUUAUGGACACCUGGCAGCAAAAUGCUUUAUCUUGCGUAGCAUUUUUGAGUAUCUAUAACUGUUUGGACCCACGGUUUUAUUGUAUGAAGAUAAGGCCGAUUGUGAACAUUCUGUCAAGCGUUCAUCGUCAGAACUAACCUGACGUUCUCCUUCUUGAUUGUAAAUAGCGUCAUGAGUGUUUCAGUCAUUUCUUGAAUCCUAUUCAAAAAUAAAUUCCUCAUAUAUGUACC